CGCGCGUCGCGCGGGGGCCGCCGCGUCGCCGGCAUGGACGAGGAGCGGGCGGAGCGGAACCCGUUCACGCUGCCGAGCGAUGAGGAGGUCUUCCGCAUGCGCGACGAGGAGCGCAAGCGGCGGUCCAAGGAGCGCGAAGAGCAGCGGAAGCUCAAAGUUUGGCAGAAGACGACGGGGGGCUCGCGGGUCGCCGGGUCCGUGCGCCUCAAGGAGCUCAUCGGCGGCGACGGCCGCGAGGGCGCCGCGGCGUCCAAGUCCGCGCGCCAGACCAAGGACGCGGUGAACGAGGCGCGGUCCAUCGUCGUCAACGAGCGGCGGCAGGAGAAGGAGAACAUGGCCGAGUUCAUCGCGAAGAAGCGCGAGAUGUUCCUCGUCCAGAUGAGCCUCGACACGAAGCGCGAGGAGAUCCGCAAGCUCGAGGAGAAGGCCCAGAUGAAGGAGGAGGCCCUGAAGAAGUCGGAGCAGAUGCUCGAGGAGGACGCGAUCCGCUUCGACACGUUCCUCAAGGAGAACGACAAGAAGGCCCACGAGGCCAUCAAGAAGGCCGAGAAGGAGACGAAGCUCAAGACGGACAAGGUCCAGGAGAUCAAGCGGCUGAACCAGCAGAUCCAGAUGGUGAGCUCGGACAUGUCGAAGCACAAGGAGGCGCUCGAGGACUGCCUCAAGUACAAGGAGUUCCUCGACUCGCUGACGCCCGACGAGUGGUUCUCCGAGCAAAAGGCCAUCAAGCGGGAGCGCCAGGAGUCGCGGCGCCAGGCGCGGAUCCAGAAGCGGCGCGACGCGCUCGAGAAGAAGCGGCGCGAGGCGUACGAGGCGCAGCUGCGCCUCGAGGAGGCGGAGGCCGCGCCGAAGAAGAAGUACGGCGCGGGCCGCCGCCGCAAGUCCGUCGCCGGCGCCGACCCGUCCAAGGCCGUCGCGCCGAAGAUGCCGCCGCCCGUCGCGACGCCCGAGCUCGAGGACGAGCCGCUCACGUCCUCCGACGAGGAGCUGCCCAUGUACUUCAAGCACCCCCAGCAGCUCCUCGACAUCUUCAGCCAGCUCGAGGAGCAGAACCUGUUCCUGAUCCAGAACUCGCAGGAGACGGAGAAGGCUCUCGAGGAGCUCAAGCAGAACUUCGAGGCGACGAAGGAGCAGAUGGACGGCAAGACGGCCCUGUUGAAGCAGAACAUCGACGAGCUCGAGCUCCAGAUCGGCGCGGAGGAGAACAAGGCCGCCCAGCUCCGGGGGCGGCUCCAGGCGCGGGCCGGCGAGACCCAGGGCCGCCAGGAGAAGCUCCUGGCGCAGCUCCACGAGAAGGUCCGCGACGUCUACCAGAAGUGCGGCUUCGACGUCGGCUCGAAGCCGUCGACGCUCUUCAUGCUCUCGGAGCUCGAGGCGCGCCUCGAGCAGCUGCUGGACCACAUCGAGACCAUGUCCGAGGAGUACAUCAUGAAGGAGGAGAAGGACAAGGAGAAGAAGCGCCGCGAGCGCAAGCGCCAGGAGCAGCAGGCGCUCCAGGACGCGCAGCAGGAGGAGCGCAACCGCAAAUCCAUCGCCCGGUCCAUGCAGGCGCCGAAGAAACGCACGGGCCGCCAGGUCAUGUUCCGCUCCGCGCCCAUGCGCCAGGCCGUCCGCGAGGAGAAGGAGGAGGAGGAGGACGACCUCGACGAGCUCAAGUACCUCACCUAGGCGCCCGGGGCCGCGCAACGCCUCGCCUGUAUUACAACUCGGGGUGGCGCU